UAAGUCAAUCAGGGCAUGGUGCUUAUAUAAACAGCCCUUGAUCUAGGCCCUUUACAGCUACUUAUUGAGUUUAUGAUACUAGUGGGUUAAGACUGGACUUUGAAUACAGACGUCAAGUGGAUAGAGAACUGGAUAAUUGAUUCUGGAUCUAUUGCUUUCGCUUUUCCACAAUAAUAAUGUGUGGUUCAAGAACAGUGGUGGUCUAAGAGGCUCUGCAUGUUUGUUUUUAACCACAAGAAGAUAAAAACACCAGGAAGGCAUAGUGGAAUCAAAUUCUGAUAUAAUCCAGGUCUUUACCAACAAACUGACCCAUAGGCCUAUAAGGAGACAAGACUCUCGUAUAUGACAUGUUUUUGCAGUUCAUGUCAUACAGUGUAAUAAUUGACAGAGUUACAAUUUAUUGUAUAUCUAAACAAUAGUUUAUGGCUUUGCAGGAUGUAUGCGGCUUGCACAACCCCCCUCUGUUUCCUCAAUGGACUGCUCCACUCUCACGGUCCUUUAUGCCGGAAGAUUCCACUCAUCUGUCCGGAGGGGGGAUUCACGGAGAAGCUUUUUCUACAAGGCUGCCUGGGAGGGGCGGCUUGAGUCCUCUGGAGUUUUACAUGCCGAUAGCUGAAUACCUCACAGAGAGCCCAAUAAACUUUGGUCAAACUAGCCUCAGUUCAGCGCCAACGAAGUUACUGGAAAUAGACCAUCUUCACCCCUCACUGCCGUCCAUCUCUCUUCCUCCACCCACACCUUGCCCCAUCUCUCCCUCCGUCCCGUUACCGUUCACUCUCUCUCACGGCACCACAACUCUCGGCUUCGCGUUCCAGGGAGGAGUGAUCGCCGCAGCCGACACGCGCUCCAGCUGCUCGGGGCUGGUGGCCUGUCCCGCGUCCCCGAAGGUCUUACCCAUCCACUCCCACCUGGUGGGCACCACCUCGGGGACAUCGGCUGACUGCGCGCUUUGGAAGCGCAUCCUGGCUCGGGAGCUCAGACUGUACCAGCUUCGACACCACCGCAGGCUGUCAACAGGGGGCGCCGCCAAACUGCUGUCCCACAUGCUGCAUCCAUUCAAAGGCACGGAGCUGUGCGUUGCAGCCACACUGUGUGGAUGGGAUGGGGACGACGAAAAACACGAGCAACCGUUUACUGAGAAACAUUUAAAUACUCCAACCAAUCAAAUGACAGCCAGCAAUUCAACCAGCCAAUCAGAAACAAGUGUUCCCUCAGCGCCUCUAUGUGGAAAUACUCCAACCAAUCAAAUGACAGCCAGCGUUUCAAGCAGCCAAUCAGCUGCAAGUGUUGCCUCAGCGCCUCAACCAUUGAUAGCUGCUACUGCUCAACAAGUCAUCAGAAGUCGUUCGAGAAUAUGCGGUCCGCGGGUUAUUUAUGUGUGCAGUGACGGGCUGCGCCUGCAGGGGGAGCUGUUCUCUGUGGGCUCGGGGUCCCCCUAUGCGUACUCAAUCCUGGACAGCAGUGUUUACUGGGGAAUGAGCGUCCAGGAGGCCACGGCUGUCGCCAGGGAGGCCGUGUUCCGUGCCACCUACAGAGACGCGUACUCUGGCAAUAAUGUGGAUCUCUACCACGUGACCGCCAAAGGGUGGAGGCGCAGAGAGAGGGAAAACCUGAAAGAGGAGUAUUACAGGGAGAGAGAGAGGGAGAGAGAAAGGCUGGCGGAGAGGAAUGCUGAAAAGAAAGCAAUUUUGAGGUCAGAUGAUGGAGAAAUAGUUUGAGGAGGAACACAGGAGGCGGACUUUGGAAAUAUAUUGAUAAAAAAUACAAAGACAUGCAUGUAUUGAUCUAUAGCUCGUACACCAUGAAUGAUACUGUGAAAGAAUAUCAGUGGAUUCAAGAAAUGAAAACCAUCAUGUUAUAAAACUGUUUCUGGAAGAAAGAUGGAGAUCUUUAGCAUGAAUUUAUACUUUUAUAAAUACUUUUGUUCGUGCCAUUUCACACUGCUGAGAUUCUAAAGCCACAGUCCCCUUUUAUUAUGAUUGAUGAACUGGCAUUCAAAAUGUCUGUGUAGGCUAUUAAAAAAAAGAAAGAAAAA